AUGGCAGCCAUGUCGAUUCCUCACGUUCCCAUCCCGGUCAUCUUGAUCGCCCUUGUCGCUAUCUUUGCCAUCCAGCGAAUCUACUAUGAAAUGACCACUGGUGCUCGGAGGCGCCAGAUGAUCAAGGACAAUGGGUGCGAGGAAAUCCCAUGGUACCCCCACAAGGGCAUCUUGGGCAAACUGUACGGCCUAGAUCGGAUCAAGGAUAUGGUCGCGGCGGCCAAAGAAGGGCGGAUGCACGAAGCCAACCGGAUCAGAAACUUUGGAGACGGCAAAAAGACGCUCAGGCUUAGGCUAGCAAGGAGUAAUGUCAUCUCGACGAUCGAACCCGAGAACGUCAAGACGAUCUUGUCCACCAAAUUCCAGGACUUUUCUCUGGGCGAGAGGCGAAAGGAGGUGUUCCUGCCUAUCUUCGGCCAUGGGAUCUUUGCAAAUGACGGCGCUGCUUGGGAAAGGUCGCGCGCCAUGGUGCGGCCCAACUUCACCCGUCAACAGGUGGCAGAUCUGGACAUGUUCGAAGCGCACAUGUCUCAUCUGAUCGACUCGAUUCCCCGAGAUGGCUCGACCGUGGAUUUGCAAGAUUUGUUCUUCGGCUUGACGAUGGACUCCGCCACAGAGUUCCUGUUCGGCAAAUCGACAAACACUCUUGCAUCGGGCCUGGAGACCAAGUCGGCAAAUGAAUUCGUCAAGGCGUUCGUAUACGUCACUGAAGCCUGUGCAAAGGACUUCCGCUCUGGCGGUCUCGCCAAGUUGAUCCCCGACGCGAAGUGGCGGAAGAGUGUCAAGAUCAUGCACAACUUCGCGGACGAGAUCAUCCAACAGGCCAUUGAGGAGCUGAGGAGCGGCAAGAAGGACCCGAACGGUCGAUAUGUCUUCCUGCACGCCCUGCUCAGGCAAACACAGGACCCCUAUGCGCUGCGCUCCGAAUUGCUCAACAUUCUCCUGGCAGGCCGUGACACCACGGCCGGGUUGUUGUCCAAUACGUGGCACGUCCUGUCCAAGCGGCCGGACGUGUGGGCCAAGUUGAAAGCCGAGGUCGAGCAACUGGGCGGUGAAAAGCCCGACUACACGACGAUCAAGGAGAUGAAGUACCUGAAGUGGACGCUCAACGAAUCACUCCGCCUCAUGCCCGUCGUGCCUGCCAAUAGUCGUGAGGCCAUCCGCGACACGAUCUUACCCCUGGGGGGCGGCGCGGACGGCAAAGCGCCUGCUCUUGUAAGAAAAGGAGAUGUAGUAGGGUACUCACCGUGGUCGAUGCACCGCCGCGAAGACUUCUACGGACCCGACGCGUUGGAGUUCAAGCCCGAGAGAUGGGAGCACUUGCGGCCAGGGUGGGAAUACCUGCCCUUCAACGGCGGGCCGCGGAUCUGCGUGGGCCAGCAAUACGCCCUGAUGGAGGCCUCGUAUGCCACGAUCCGACUGAUCCAGACAUUCCCGCGGAUCGAGAGUCGAGACACCGAGGAGUGGCGCGAAUGGAUGACCAUUACGCUUGCGAGCGGGACGGGGGUCAAGGUCGCGCUUUUCGAAAAAUGA